AUGACGGAUACCACGAGUACUAGAACAAAAACAAUUUCUGACACAGCCGAUUCAGAAUCCACUGAAGGCCCUUUGUUAUUUGACCGUUGGACCAACAACAUAAGUUAUCGGCAACUGGUCCUCUCAUCAUGCAUCGGCAUCUUCCAAAUGUGGUGGCACCCUUACGUGCAUGACUUCCGCAGGCUACUUCCCUUCUUAUUCCUCUAUCAGAUAUUCAGUAUUAUUGUUGCCUAUCCAUUGUUCUACCUGGAGUUGGCUUUGGGGGUCGUUACUAAGAAGGGCGUUAUAAACUGUUGGGAUUUAGCGCCAAUGGCUAGAGGUUUCGCGAUGCUUGCGGUCUGCCUGUUCAGCGCUCUAGUCGCGAGCGCAGCCGGGGCGUGGUUCCUUGCCUUGCUAGUGCACUCGUUUCACGUUUUCCUGCCGUGGCUUCAUUGUGCUGCUGCAGCUAAGCCUCCGUGUGCCGCCAGACAUAGGCCAUUACCGCCUGGAAGUGAAACACCUUCACAGAGUUUCUUCUUCAAUUAUGUGUUGGACCUGAAACGCGAUGCCCUGUUCAGUGGCCUGGGGAAGGUGACGUGGGAGCUUACCACGUACUACAUCAUCUGCUGGUUUCUUAUAUACUUUAUCGUCAUUAAACGGAUAUACAGCUACUCCAAGCUGGUGUUGUUCAAAGAUGUGUUGGCAUUUUUUGUAUUGGUGUGCUGUGCAGUCGGCGUUUCACAACUACAAGGAUCUGGCCGCAUGUUUAAAGAGUGCGAUUGGAGCGUCAUGUUUGAAGGGGCACAAAUGUGGCGUGAAGCAAUGGAAUACAGUCUAAUAGAACUCACAGUAAGCCAGGGAUCACUCGUGAUGCUGGGCUCGUAUUGUCCCAAGUCUCAGCACAAGUUGGGGACCACGGCGAUGCUCUCGUUUGUGGUCGCCAAGUCAAGUUGUAUGAUAACCGCGCUCAUUCUCGGAGCAACUCAUGGUGCUUUGAGCAAAGACUAUGAUGCUCCUACCAAUAUCAGACCUGGAGCGUCGUCAGCUGUCAUUCUGUGGGCAGACUUAGUAGCACGAAUACCAGGCAGCCAAUUUUGGUCUGCUCUUAUAUUUUUUACGCUAUUUUUACUGUCAUUAACCACUGCGGGUGGUCUGUAUCUGAUGGAGUUUCUCAUGAUAUGGCCCGCGUCGAAACCGCGUGCAUUGAUCGCUGCGAUGGUGACCACUAUUAUCACGUAUAUUUAUGGACAGACCACAUUUUGCGAAGAAGUAUACUUUGCCGUCGGCGAGUAUCCUAGUGUAUUUAUGAGAGUAUCCUGGGCACUGUCGCCAGCGGUGAUGAUGAGCCUUUUUGCUGGAAGUUCAGGUUCUUGGGCAUCCAGCGAAGUGGUGGCAGGCUGGUUGGUCGUUGUAUUCCAAGUAUUCCCCAUUGUAAUCGUCUUAGUAUUCUACGCAAUCUUCAAGUGCAGAGUCAGGAACAUAGUUCAAGAAAAAUGA